AUGCGGCCAUGUGGAACUACAAGCUUCGCAAAGGUUCUCGUUGUGCUCGUGGCGACAUUGGCAGUGAGGCAGCUGCCAGGCCUCACCGCCUGGGUCUGUUGCAGGCCUGGCACGUGCUCGCAAUCUCGCGGUGAGAGAUCGAGCAGGGUGAGGUGUGGUGCGGAGGAGUCGAACUCCUGGCUGCCUCAGUUUGAGAAUCCCUUGGCAGGCUCCAUGGCAGAUCCUGGCUACUGGAAACAGCAGUACUAUCUGGCAUCUGAGUUGAAGCAGUUUCUGCCGCCGAACCGCAAGACCAUCACAGCGAUGCAGCUGGCACCAGAAGACAUUAAGUACGUCGGCUACUUGGCUCCAGACAAGGAGAAGAGUCCCAACAAGCUGACGGAGUACGUCAUCCUGGGUCCAGUCAGUGACGUACUGAAGUACGAGUUCAAGAAUCAAUGCGAGGUGUAUGCUGUGAAUCCGUCUUUCAGGCAGUGGCAGAAGGACGUCGACAAAGUGAUCCCUCGCAAGGACGUGCACAUAGCCGUCGUCGCAGCUGGCACUGCUAAGCGCCUCGGGAAGAAGAUCCUGAUCCAGGGCCUCGCGCAGGUAUCUGCCGCCCUUACUGCUGAGGGUCGUGCUUUGUUGGUGUGUGAUGCACAAGACGAGGAAGUGCUCGGCGGAAAGAUGGAGGAGCUGUUGGAGGCUCAGGAGUGGAAGGAUCUGGAGAAGACUGGUGACUUGCCUCCAGAUCCCGAGAAGACUGCCUCGCAGCUUUUCCUCGUUGUCGUGGCUGCCAUGGGCGCGCUCGGCCAGUUACGGCUCCCAGCAAGUGGUGCCGAUGAGUGUCGCGACAUGAAGCUAAGCUUGUUAUGCAUGACCCGUGCGCACUCACAGAGCACACUAACGUCCAAUGAAUUGGGAGACUUGCACGAAGUCCACAAGAGGCGGCUGCUCGAGGCGGCUCGAAAGGCCAGCGUUCAGGAGGUCGAGGCUCUCUUGGAGAUGGGCAUUUCUGCCAACAUCAGAGACGAGCUUGGGAUGAGCCCAUUGAUGCUGUGCUGUAUCGCAGACACUCGCGAUGAGCUGCACAGCGUCCAUCGGCACGGACGGAAGGAGGCCACAUCCGUCGCGAUGGCUUUGUUAGAGCAUUCCGCUGACAUGGACGCGAUCGGCCCAGGAGGUUGGCCUCCAAUCUUCUUUGCUGCUUUCUACUGCGACUUUGAUGUCAUGAGAGCGCUCAUACACGCGCAGUGUGACGUGAACAUCCGCGACGAGUCGGGACGAUCGCUGGCCAGCUGGGCUAGAUAUGGAGACCAGGACCGGGAGCACCAAAAGGCAGUUCUCAAGAUGCUGUACCGCCAUGGCUUCCCUCCUCCGGUGGAGGCCAAAGUGAAGCUGGGUCAGCUGAAGCCCGACUUCUGGGCACCAAUUCCAGUGGACCAAAAGCUUUCGGAGCUGUUGGCCGACGGGGCAGAUCUUAUUUGGAAGGAUUGUCGCGGGCGCACCUUCGGAAAGAGAAAGCUGCUGACUUACCGACACCACGAGUCCGACGAUGAGGGUGAGGAUAGUGAAAGGAAGCAGGUCUUUGAAUCGCGCGAAAAAAGCGCACCAGACCCGUCAGAGGCCCGCGGGAGCGCGCUGGCGCCAGGUGUGGUGACGGUGGAUGUGUACGAGUGUGUCAAGUCGAUCCGGCAGGCGUUCAUGAACUUGGUUGUCACUUCUUCGAGUUGCAAUCGAUCACAUCUCAGUCGAAAGCCGGCACUCCCACGCUUAUUGAUUUCCAUUAAUUAUAGGCUGCACAAGCAUGAGCCACGCGAACUUGCCCAAUGCAGGGCUGACUUCAGUGAGUGCAGCCAGAGUACAGCGUGCACCAGUGUGCAGCGGGUGCAGGUCUGGUCCAAGGUCGAAUGUUAUUGGACCAUGUCUGCGGGGAUAGUGGGAGCUUCUGCCGUGACGCCGAGGCCGGAGCAGGAUGCUGUUGCUGCAGACCUGCCGGAUCCUGGGGCCGACGAUGAGGAGAAACGUGUUAAAGAAGCUGCCUUGAAGAGGCCUGGCAUGCUGACCCUCGUGAACGAGGAAGAGAAACCUCUCGAGAAUGCUGUCCAGUGGCCGCCAGUGAAGCCUCUUCCACCCGCAGAGUCAGACCGCCGCAGCCGAGGUGGACGUGACAGACGGAGGCGUGGCGCCUCGGAGAAGGUCGCAGAGACCUACGCCCAGGACUUCCGGGGCUAUGGCAAUCAUGGUCAUGGCGAUGACAAGCUGAGAAAGCGAGACUACGGCUGGCCGUUAGCAGAACGUGGCCCACGCCGACGCCCUGACAUGAUGAUGGGCAAGGGCCGGAUGAGCAAGGGGGGCUACAAAGGAGAUGAGAAGGGUGGCAACGGAAAGAAUGGCUAUGGCAUGGGCAAGGGCGGCUUUUACAAAGGCUACGAGAAGUUUGACAAGCCGGAGCGUCGCCGUGGCGGACGAGGUACGAGGCCCUGGGAGGAGCUGCCGCCCCGGCCUCCUCGAGUGGAGGAGACCUUCGAGGCGAAGGAGCGGCAGAAGAAGGAAGAGCAAGAGCAGCAGACGCGAACAUCUCUCCGCAUGGCUACCUCCGCAGAGGAGCUGGAGAAGGCUAUAGCCUCGGCCAAGGAGCUGGGCCUCACCCUUGAAGCCAGCCUUGGAGAGAAGAAGCUUCAGAAGCUGCAAGGCUGA